AUGGAAGAUUCUACCUGUGAUUUGGACGACGACAGCAGUUUUGGCAAGGAAGACUCUAGUUGUUCUGAUAACGAAUCAGAGUCCUCUGGUGGGGAUGAUGAUUCUGAUGAAGCUGAGAUUACUUGCGAGAAAGGCGAGUCGACGCCUGCUCUGUCAGGCGGAACAGCGCGUGUAGCCGGAAACGAAAUUUCGGGUCUUGCUUCAUGGGAAAAUGCGGCUGCUACUGACGACUUUGCGGAAGCGUCUCCAAAACGCAACAAGACGAGUUUUUCACGCGACACAAGGAACUCUGUGCUGCGAACGAGACGGGAGAGAGAAAAUGGUCUGAAUGCGUCUCAAGACACCCAGGAGGACACAGCUGCACGUAAAAACGUCGCCGCGUCAAAAACGAUUCUUGCUCCAUACUAUGCAGAAGAAUUACAACGAGGACAGAAGUCAGCCAAUCAACAGCGUGGUAGCCACGUGGUUCGACGUAGACCAGUACUUCGCGGAAAGUAUUCUCUGGAGGAUUUGCUGUCUGGUGGGAGUGAAGAUUCUAGUUUGUCGGAUUGCUCUGCGUCAGACGACUCAUCGGAUGAUUCGUGGGAGGACGCCAUGCCACUUGUUGUACCGGAUCAAGAUGCAGGCGUACUAAAUUCUAGCUCCUUGAGGCGAAAACCAGUUUCACUUCAGCAGUCGAGUUCAGAUGCAGAUCCCGAGAAUAUGUAAUCCGUCUCAAAAGACUUUGGUCAUCUCAUCCCCUUGCUCAUAUUCGAGGAUUGCUCCAGUUUUUCAGGAACAACAACUAGCAGAGCUUACAUGAUUGUCUUUUUUGUUAUCGUGGUCAACGAUCAAGAUCAACAUUUGUUAAGUCGCGAUCUCCGGGAACACGAAUUUAAAUUGAAAUGUGCGUUUUGCUCGCUGAUCUCGUGUCACCAUAAAAAUGUUCUCGAAGAAGACAGGAG